CACACUGCAGGUCUUCACCCAGUUCCACACCACAGCGGCAGAGGGCACGGGGCAGGUGGUCACCAUGCUGGGACCCGACUGGCUGGUGGAGGUUACCGACCUGGUCAGUGACUUCAUGCGUGUGGAUGACCCGCGGGUGGCCCACCUGGUGGACAGCUUCACACUGGCUGGCAGAGAGCCGGGCACCACGCUCUUUAAGGUCGUGUCCCCGCUCAUGGAGGCAGUGCUGGGUGAGACACUGGUGACGGUGGCGGAGGAGAAGGUCAGCAUCACAGACCUGAAGGCCCAGGUGGUCUCCAGCCUCUCACUGUCCCUCCACCCA